AUGGCUUUUCUUACUUGCUGGGCCUGUGUACUAGUUGGUUGUCUUUCUGCUUCUUUAACAAGAGCUUCUGACUUCUCUGACCUGUAUCCUCCUCUGUGGAAGGAGAGUCCUGGUCAACUCAGUGAUUACCCAGUGGAGAAUGGAAUGUACAUUAUUAAUCCUUGGGUAUUUUCUGAGAAAAUGGGGGUGUAUAAAAUCUUAUUGAACAAAACAGCCACUUAUUUUGCAAAAUUUGCUCCAGAAAAUGAACAAAAUCUUUUAUGGGGAUUGCCUUUGCAGCAUGGCUGGCAAUAUACUUCAGGCAGAUUAGCUGAUCCAAGCCAAAGGACAGACUGUGGCUAUGAAUCUGAUCAUCUGUGUGUCUCUGUGGACAGUUGGUGGGCUGAUUUAAAUUAUUUUCUUAGUGUAAUACCUUUCCUUGCUGCGGUUGAUUCUGGCGUUCUGGGGAUAUCAUCAGACCAAAUCAGAUUUUUGCCACCACCCAAGGAUCAGACGAGGUUUUGUUAUGAUGUUUCUGGCUGCCACUCAUCCUUCCCUGAGAUAAUGAAAAAGUGGAUUGUCUUUUACCAGUAUCUGAAGUUACCUACUAGUAACUUUGAUGACCUUUUGAAAUACCUAUGGGAUGCACAUACCAUAUCCUUGAAAACCUCUGUCAAAUCUUUUGAAGAUAGAUAUGCCUUUUACUCUGAAAAGGAAUCAGAAUUUGAGAAAAAUUGGAUUAUUGCCGUGGAAUAUAUAGGUGCAUCCCGCAUCCCUACAACUUUAAUCAGAGUGCAUAAAUCCCAGAAGGGCCUUCCACCACGAAUCCUUGUUGAUACUGACACAGCCCCUGUAAUCAGUGACUUCACUGUUUUUCAGAACAUAGUUUUGUUGGGUCUAAGCACUGUUGGCAAAGUGCAUAAAUCUUCAGGUGCAUUUUCUUUGAUUUCAUGGAAAAUUGCAAUGAAGAUAGAAACUUCAAGAAAGCUACUUCUAAAGACUUUUGAUAUACUUUUAGAAAUAUCUGAGUAAAAACUUCUCAAAAUGGCUCAAGACUCGAAAAUGGACCACUCUAAAUUUUUGACAACCAAUGACUUUUAAAAAAUGAAUAUGAUCAACAUCAUGUAUCUUUGUAGUUUCUGGUGUUUGAAAAUUAUGCUAAUUUGAUAAGAUUUGUCCAUGCAUUCCUACCAUGAAAUCCAAUUUAUUACUAUGAUUAUUCUGUUCAAGC